GAGAAGAAGAUGGGGAAGAAGAUGGGGAAGAAGAUGGGGAAGAAGAAGAAGAAGAAGAAGAAGAAGAAGAAGAAGAAGAAGAAGAAGAAGAAGAAGAACAGGGAGAGGGAGAAGAGGAAGAUGAAGAAGAAGAAGAAGACGACGACGAAGAAGAAGAAGAAGAAGAAGAAGAAGAAGAAGAAGAAGAAGAAGAAGAAGAAGAAGAAGAAGAGGAGGGGGAGGCGGCGGCGGAGGAGGAGGAGGACGAGAAGGAGAAGGAAAAAGAACAGAAGGAAGAGGAAGGAGGAGAAGAAGAAGAAGAAGAGGAGGAGGAGGAGGAGGAGGAGGAGGAGGAGGAGGAGGAGGAGGAAGACGAAGAUGGCGACGACGAUGACGACGACGAAGAAGAAGAAGAAGAAGAAGAAGAAGAAGAAGAAGAAGGGGAGGGGGAGGCGGCGGAGGAGGAGGAGGAGGACGAGAAGGAGAAGGAAAAAGAGCAGAAGGAAGAGGAAGGAGGAGAAGAAGAAGAAGAGGAGGAGGAGGAGGAGGAGGAGGAGGAGGAAGACGAAGACGACGACGACGAAGAAGAAGAAGAAGAAGAAGAAGAAGAAGAAGAAGAAGAAGAAGAAGAAGAAGAGGAAGAAGGGGAGGGGGAGGCGGCGGAGGAGGAGGAGGACGAGAAGGAGAAGGAAAAAGAGCAGAAGGAAGAGGAAGGAGGAGAAGAAGAAGAAGAAGAAGAGGAGGAGGAGGAGGAGGAGGAGGAGGAGGAGGAAGACGAAGAAGAAGAAGAAGAAGAAGAAGAAGAAGAAGAAGAAGAGGGGGAGGAGGAGGAGGAGUAACAGGAGAAGGAAAGAGAGCAGGAGGAAGAAGAGCAGCAGCAGCAGAAGAAGAAGAAGAAGAAGGAGGAGGAGGAGGAGGAGGGAAGAAGAAGAAGAAGAAGAAGAAGAAGAAGAAGAAGAAGAAGAAGAAAAGAAGAGAAGAGAAGAGAAGAGAAGAGAAGAGAAGAAGAGGAAGANAAGAAGAAGAAGAAAAGAAGAGAAGAGAAGAGAAGAGAAGAGAAGAGAAGAAGAGGAAGAAGAAGAAGAAGAAGAAGUAGAAGAAGAAGAAGAAGCAGAAGCAGAAGAAGCAGAAGAAGAAGAAGAAGAAGAAGAAGAGGCGUGUUACCUCUGGGUGUUUCCAUCAAUCAAAACACCUUGCCUUUGAAAUCAAGGAAUAAGGAAUAU